AUGGGAUCAACCAAAGGAAUAUAUUGUGUUGUAAAAUUCAUAGAAAUGCCUUUUUUGUACACAGAAGAAUAUCAAGUGGUGCCAUCUUCAUGGAUCGCACCGGGUGUAAGCGAGCAACAAGUUUUGGUAACAUUCCCGUUGAUGGACAAAACAAAACUUUUGAACGUAGUUAAAAAUAGGCGACCGGCCAGUGAAAAGUGGCUUUCGUUUCCAGCAACAAUUGAAUUCAUAACCGACAAUUUCGAUCACGCAAUGCUUUAUUUAGAUUUACUUCAAUAG